CUUGAACCAUUGGAUUAUAGUUGAUGCUCGAUCCCGCCUCUUUCAAAACCAAGUCUCGGAGACUUGUCUCCAACCCUUCCGAAAUAGUAGGACAUUCUACUGUGUUACGAUGCCCUCCGAUCAGAUGUUGUUUGAAUCUUCUAAUCCCACCAUUGCUUAUACGACCACAAAAAUUGCAUCCCAAAUCAUUACUCGAGUUUGUCCCCUCUUUCCUGAAUCGGCUAUGGCGAGUCACAAAUCUCUCCCAGUUGUGACCAGACACGAUGAAGAAGAAGACGAUUCAGGCGUGUGGUGGUUCACUUUGCGUGUCGAUUGGGAAAAUUGAGCGAUUGGGGACUAUUAAUUAAAGUCAAGUAAAACUUGACCGACCUGUCCUUGUUAAUUCUGCCCGCUUAAAUUUUCACUAUCAGUAAAGAUUAAAUUUGGAAUGAUUGGUUUGUUUUCAACUCCAUCACUCCUCAUUUACUCCAAAACUAAUAAAGAAAAAUCUCCUCCCUUAUAAUUCACUGCCCUUCUCCCUAUUCCCCAUAAUCCGAACACACUGUUAAUAAAAUGGCAACUAACAAUUAAUUAAAAUGAUAAAAAAUAGAGGGUUUAUUCUUUUGAUACUCUCCACCAAAGUGAUUUUUAUACUACUUCAAUCCCCACAAACUCCUGCCCAUGUGCCCCACCUCAACACUCACUUUGAGAUUGAAUAGAACAUCGUAGGAACUUCAAAUGGACCCGGUAUAGUAUUAUAACACCAGAUUUGGGUCUUAAAAUAAUCUCACUGUAAAAGCGAACCAACUAUAUUGACAUUGGCAACUAAUGUCAUAAGAUGACAUUGGUCUAUUUGAAGACAGUACAGUGCUUUGUUCAAUCCAACAUUAUCCAAGG